CAGCUUCAAAGCAAGAACCCAAAAGACCUGAAGAAGCAAUUGCGGGUAACGUUUGUGGGCGAAGAAGGGGUGGACGAAGGGGGGGUACAGAAGGAAUUUUUCCAGCUUGUGAUUCGGGACAUAUUCGACCCGAAAUACGGUAUGUUCACGUACAACGAGGCAGCACACCACUACUGGAUCAACCCGACCUCGGCGUAUUUGGGAAGUGAGGGGGAGUUCUUCUUAGUUGGCCUGGUACUUGGGCUUGCCAUAUACAACUCCAUCAUCCUGGACGUGAGGUUUCCGAUGGUGGUGUACAAAAAGCUGACAAUACCGUCAGGGGCUGACUCGGAUAUAAACGUGGAUGUGACACUUGACGAUUUGAAGGAGGCCGACCCGGAACUAGCGAGAGGGUUGGAACAACUGCUGAAGUUCGAGGGAGACGUAUCCUCCACCUACCACCGCACAUUUCAAGUGGAGUAUGAUUUGUUCGGUGAGGUGCAAACGGUCGAUCUCACGCCGAAUGGCGGGGUCAAGCAGCUGACUAUCGAGAACAGGGAGGAGUAUGUGGACCUCUAUGUGCAGUGGGUGCUCAACCACUCUAUCGCCACGCAGUUUAAGGAGCUCAAGCGAGGCUUCGAUGUGAUAGCCGUCGGCGGCGCAUUGCAGCUCUUUAGACACGAAGAAUUGGAGCUGCUGAUCUGUGGCUGCCAGGAUCUCGAUUUCGAGGCACUGGAAGCCAGCACUGAGUACGAUGGCGGAUUCACAGCCCAAACACCAGUGAUCAAGUACUUCUGGGAGAUUGUGCACGAGUUCACAGAUGCGCAGAAGAAGAGGCUAUUGUUUUUCGCGACGGGAAGUGAUCGUGUGCCGAUCGGAGGCCUCGCCAACCUGCACUUUGUCAUCGCCAAAAAUGGAGCGGACUCAGAGCGCUUGCCCACCGCACACACGUGCUUCAAUGUGCUGCUGCUGUGCGACUACUCAUCAAAGGAAAGCCUGAAGGCAAAGAUCCUCACAGCCAUAGAGAACGCGGAAGGCUUCGGGAUGCUCUAGAGGGACUCUUUAUAUAUCAGAGCUAAAGGGCUUGAGAAACAUCAGAUGUACGACCUCUGCAGUAGGAUAGUGUGUGACUGAGACGUGUAUACACAUGCGUAGUAUAUGCCGAUAUUGUAGCGAUUGAAGUUGUUAGCAAUGGCAGACGAAGGCAAUUAGGGCAGUGGAGAAAUGCACACACCUUGUCACGAAUGGCUGAAAUGCGACAUAGCCUAUACUGAUUGCACACCCACAAGUGCGAGACCGUGUGUAUACCGGCAAGCACUUCGUCACACACACACCCUUACGUAUGCGGGUAGAACAAAUACAUGCACAUAUAAACACGCAUUUGCAAUUGCAACUGCAAAUACACAUACACGCGUUGGCAAAUACAUGAACACACAUAGGAAGACCAGACCCACCUACAAGCACACUUACCCAAACAUGCAGAGACACACCCAACACACCUAUAUACCUCUCUCCCUAUCCCACCCUCCUUCUUCU